GAAUGUUCAAGGUUUUGGAAAUGCAACAAACCUUGAACAAAUCUCUGGAUGGUAAUAAUCUAACACAUAACAUGAUUUUUACACAACAUGAUGCAGAUGUGAUAGUGUCAAGUGUCUGGCUGUGUAGUUCUGUGGAAACAGAAGAAUUUUCAGAAUGAAUGUCUCUCCACCCCUCUGGAUAAGUGACUUGUGUGUGGGAGAGCUGAAUGAUGUCAUACUGUUUGAGUAAAGCAAUAGGAUAGGAUCAUAUGAAGAGUGAAGAGUGGGAGUGAACCGACAUCCUCUUCCCAAAACUGACAUUAACUUUGUUUUUAUGCCAGACAGCCUGAGCUCUCGAACCUUCCUGUGUGACUGGAUUACGCUGGUGCAUGUGGCUUUUAUUAUAGCGUUAUUAUAACGAUAUUCGGUAGCGAAUCGAUUGGGACCAGGCGGGCAUGGACGCGAUUGAACUGAUGGAAUUAGGCUCAGCCUGACAGUACUGGACACUCGGCUUGCAGUAAUGCCACCGCAAGGUGUUGGGGAGUAUAAACCCGUGCCAGAUCAAGCGGUGCCACCUGUACCACCCAGAAGAUUCAGGGGUAAAGAUUUGGGCAAACGAAGCCGAUGGGGCUCACCGCCGGAGCGAAGGGUAAAAUGUGUACUGCUUGGAGAUGGGGCAGUGGGCAAGACCAGCCUGAUCAUCAGUUAUACCACUAAUGGCUAUCCAACUGAGUAUAUUCCCACAGCUUUUGAUAACUUUUCAGCGGUGGUGGCUGUGGAUGGAAAGCCUGUAAAACUCCAGCUGUGUGACACGGCAGGCCAGGAUGAGUUUGAUAAGCUUCGGCCUCUGUGCUACACAAACGCUGACGUCUUCCUGCUGUGCUUCAGUGUAGUCACACCCUCCUCGUAUCUGAAUGUCCGGGAGAAGUGGGUGCCCGAGAUCAGACGCCACUGUCCACGAGCUCCAAUUCUGCUAGUGGGCACCCAGACUGACCUCCGACAGGACGUCAACAUUCUCAUCCAGCUAGCAAAGUACAAGGAGCGGCCGGUGGAGCCACACGAAGCUUACAUGUGUGCUGAGGAGGUACGAGCCGUGUCCUAUAUGGAGUGCUCAGCACUGACACAGAAGAACCUGAAGGAGGUUUUUGAUGCAGCGAUAUUGGCUAGCAUUCAGCACACAGACAGCCAACAGCAGAGGCUGAGUAAACGUACACCCAACAAAAUGAGGACGCUGUCUGAGUCGUGGUGGAGAAAAUACUGCUGCCUGGCUUAGAGAGACUCAUGUGAUUUAGGAGUUUUUAUUGUGGACUUCAACAGAGAUUGCUGGAAUAAUUUGUAAACAGAUUUUAAAACCUGGCACACAGUGCAGAUGAGGAUAAGUGAGAUGGAAAGAUUCAUUUUAGCUAGACUGAUCUGCAGUGGAAAAUUGAUACGUCACUUUAGAGAUGAGUUUUACCCUCUAUCAACACUUAAAUGUGACUGAUUGGGGUCACAGUGGAAAAACACUGGGCACAGUGCAAACAUACACCCUUGGUAGAGCAUAAAAGCCAGAAUAUCACACAACUGGAGAAAAAAAAACAUAAAACCUGAAGGAAACCCAUAAGGGAAUGCCCAGAAAUUUAACUGGGUGAGCUGAAAGGCUGUAGGCUGAAUUGCCAUUCAUCAGUAACCUGCACUUCUGGUUGUGACCUGUCACCAACAUUAUUUUAAAAUAAGUCUUUUUGUAAACAUAGUUUUCACAACAGUUUAUACAGUUUUGGUGCAUUUAAAGUUUUGGACAUGGAACAUUUUAAAAAAAAGUUAUGUAGACCUUUUUCUGACCUGGUAUUGCAACAGUUUUCCUGUAACACUAAUGUAGUACGAUAUCCCAAGACUACUCAGCCUACACUGUAAAAUUACAAAACCUUCCUGGGUGGUCCCAACAAGACAUUCGUUUGCCAGUAUUCAGGUUAUUUCCUGGACGACUGGCCUUUCUUAGGCUAAAAUAUUUUGGUUUUCUUUUGACAUGUGGCCAAACCUUGCCUUAGUAGAGCUCCAAACGUGUUAAACCUCUAUCUCUCAGAAAUAAUCAGAGUAGGAGCAGAUGUUUUGGUGUAGCAGUUAUUUGACAUCUGCUCUUUGUCAUCAAUCUGGGCAGCUAACGGUCAGCCCCUUUUAAAAACAGCUGAACAAAAAAACAAGAUUAGGACUUGUUUACUUUAUGACCUAAUUCUGAGCUUCCAUUCAAAACAUACCAUGAGGUCAUGGUCACUUAGUGAGCAUAUACUAGAGCCAUUAAAUCUUGUGUGUGGUUUUACUCAUUCCAAUGGUUAAGUAAAAGUUUUUAAUUAGUGUUUAAAUUACAAUGUUUGGUAGGUAUGGGAUUGACUGUGUAUCUGUCAUGAUGAUACUGUGUGGGUUAGGGGUCAGUGUUUAUUUCAAGUGAGUAAUUUCAUGUAAAACCAAGGAUUGCAGUGAGUUACAUUAAGAUUUCACAAACCAACAUUAUUAAUGGUAUUAUUUAACAAUAGUAGCUAUUUAAAAAUACAGUGAUCAAAAAAUAAUCUUUGUCAACGAUUCAUAUAGUUUUUUUUAUGUGAAACAUCAUGUAUUAUUAAUUAUUAAUAUUAUUAUUGAUGAAAAUAAUGCUAAUUAAUACUAUAAAUUAUGUAGCAUUAUGGAAAUCUUAAUGUAAGUGUUACUGUAGAAUUUACUGAUUAGCAUAGCCAAAUAUUUGUAAAGAACAAAAAUCCACCUUAAACAGUUUUUAUUUUUUUGUUUGUGCAUAGUUAGCUUUACCCUGGGCAGGGUUGUGGUGGGUCCAGAGCCUAUUUAUUAUGGAGCAACUCACACCCAGGGAUUAUGCAGACUAGCCAGUUUUCUUAACAACUGCACAUCUGUAUUUGUAAUUGUUAUAUAAUACAGUAUUGUGACAUUCAAUAUUUAUAAGUAUGCCAAACUUUUUUUCUUUUUUUAUAGUCUACAUUACCCACAAUGCCAUUUAAGAACUACUUUAAUGUAGUCUUUCAUCUCAUAGAUCCUCAAUUAGCUACACAAUUUCUAUCCUAAUGGAAAUAACCGAAUAGAACAAUAAACAGCACAUUACCAAAAUACUUUACAAAUAUUUUAUUAUAAAAAUGAAAUACUGUUUUAAGGUGAACUUUUACUGUACAUUCCUGAAAGCCUUAAUGAUGUUACUAUUUAGAAACAGCAUUUUAAUAUCAGCGUUUAGAGUAUUUUAGAGUAUAUUUUUUAAGAUAUAUAUUUUAUGUAAAUAUGAUACCAUGUUAGAAAAAAUGCCUACAAUUAAUUAUUUUAAUAUUUUAUAUACAUAUGAUACCAUGUUAGAAAAAAUGCCUACAGUCACGAGCCCCAAAGUAUUAUGUAUAUCUCAGGUAAAUCAGUAACUGGUGUUGAAUACUUUUAAAUAAGAUUAUUUGGGUUUGUUUAAUCACAAAAUCAUUUAUGUAUUGCUUUAAAAUAUUUGCUUUUGCUGUCAAAAAUAAUAAUGCAAUUUUUAAAUUAGAAAUGAUCCUGGGUUCAGAUGUUUGUAAUAAUGUAAGUACUACAUUAUACUACUUUCCAAAAUUUUUACUGUAAGCUAUAUUUUUUUAUUGCAGAGCUUUAUUCUUGGGUAAAAUAUUUCUCAGGUCCACCCACAUCAGAUAAACUGGAAAGAUUGGCUGCUGAUAUGGGACAUAAACAUGUGUAAAAUAGAGUGGUAUUUAAAAGAAAGGUUAAAGUUUCACUAGAUAAGCAGGAGUACAAACAAGGAUCAGUAAGGUUGCCAUUGCUCAACGGGCUUGUAUUAGAACUAAAUUAGAAUUCAAAACUCAACUAAAAAAAAAGCUUAUCAUGUAAACCAUUUACAGAGUGUACGUGAAUAUUAAGGGUAGGUUAAAGGAAGUAAGAGUUUUUGGCUUUCUGAAUGUGAAUACUGUAAAAUGUAUGUGUAAAACAGAAAGCUCAACAAAUAGUGACAAAACACGUUUGAGCAGAGCGUAAAACAUGCAAAGACAACUGGAGUUCAGCGCUGUUUAAAACACAAUAGCUGGUAUAUUGGUAUUGUUACAUUGGAAAAGUAAUGGGUACACUGUGGUUGACUUUGGCUUUUAAAACUCUAUUGAUUAAAUUAAACUGACUUCUGUCUGGCAAAAGUAAAUAUCAACUGCUGCAAUACUGUUUGCAGAAGCAAAGUCAUCCAAGUAAAUGUUGGUUCUUUUUUUUAUCAAUACUCAUACCUAUUGUCUAUGUGGAAAAUAGAUUUUUAUGUAUAAAGCAUCCCUGCAACACUGUGAACUGUCCCAUUUUUGUGUUAGGAUUACUGUAGGGAUCUAGUCUCAACUAACACAGAGAUAAAGGUGCAAAAUGUAAACAUGAUGCUGUAUUUUAAACAGAAUAAAUACAUGUUUUAUACAAGA